ACAACAGGAAGCAGGAAGUGCUUACAGCAAGAUUCGUUGUUCUGUCAGUUGUUUGCUUUUAGCCUGUUUGUGAAGUUUCAACUGUUCUGUAAGAGUUUAACCAACCACCAUUAAACUCCAGAACAAGAAGAAGAAGAAGGAGAACUGUUCUGUAAGGGCUCCUGACUCUAAUGUAGCUUCAUCUCUUUCCCCUGCAGACAGUUAACAGACUGCAGCUGCUGUCUGUGGGUUUAAUGCGUUUUAUCAGUUUAUCCACCUUUGCUCCAGUUUCACUUUCAGGGUAAACCAGGAGUUAAGAGCCAGUAUGGCAGGCAGGCUGUCUCUGCCUGAGGAGGACCUGACCUGUCCCAUAUGCUGCACCAUCUUCAGGGAGCCGGUGGUGCUCAAGUGCACCCACAGCUUCUGUGCUCCUUGCUUGCAGCAGUACUGGACUGGAACGGGACGAAGACGUGACUGCCCCCUUUGCAGAACCCAGAAUCUGGACGACCCCGUGCCCAGUCUGACCCUGAAGAACCUGUGUGAGUCCUGUGUGCAGGAGGAGAGUCACCAUGUGGAGGAAACAGGAGGGGAGCUGUACUGUGACCCAGGAGAGAUGUGCCCUGUUCACAAGGAGAAGCUCAAACUUUAUUGCUUGAUGGACAAAGAGCCCAUCUGUGUGGUCUGCCACACCUCAAGAAAACACAAGCAGCAUGAUUGCUGUCCUGUUAGUGAAGCAGCUCUGGAUGUGAAGGAGAAAAUGAAGUUGGCUAUUAGUUCCCUGCAGGAGAAGAUGGAAGCGUUUGACAAAAUGAAGAAAAACUGUGAGGACACAGUGACACACAUUCAGGUUCAGGCUCGAUUUGUGGAAAGACGGACCCGCGAGGAGUUUGAAAAACUCCACAAUUUUCUUCGUGUGGAGGAGGAAUCCAGAAUGGAAGCACUGAGGGGGGAGGAGGAGCAGAAGACUGCACAGAUGAGGCAGAUGAUUGAAAAAAUUGAGCAAAACAUAUCGUCCAUGUCAGAAACUAUCAGAGUUUUGGAGGAGGACAUGGCUCUUGAGGACAUAUCUGUCCUUCAUAAAUGCAAGAGUACACUUGCAAGGGUACAUGAUCCAGUUGAAGAACCAGUCAUGGCUCCAUCAGCACUAAUAGAUGUGGCUAAAUAUGUCGGCUCUUUAACAUUCCAGGUGUGGGAAAAGAUGCAUAAAAUCGCCAAAUACACUCCAGUCACUCUGGAUCCCAACACAGCAGCCCCAUGGCUUGUCUUGUCAGAUGACCUCACCACCGUCCAUGACAGCGAUGAGAAACAGAAGCUGCCCAACAACCCGGAGAGGUUCGACCCUGACACUGCCGUUCUGGGCCGGGACGGCCUGACCUCAGGCAAGCACGCCUGGGAAGUGAACGUGGGGGAUAACACGGCGUGGGUUGUCGGCGUGGCCAAGACGUCCAUCAAGAGGAAGGAGAAAGUGUCUUCGGUCCUAAACAACGGCUACCUCUGUGUGUACUUUUACCACAAAAUGUACUUCGCCGGUACCUCUCCUUUGACGAGGCUGAAUCUGAAAAGAAAUCCGCAGAGGAUCAGAGUGCAGCUGGAUUGUGACAAGGGCAAAGUGUCGUUUUAUGACCCACAUAACAACACACAUAUUUACACCUUCAAACAAGCCAUCACUGAGGCGGUGUUUCCCUACCUCUGGGUGGGCUGUCAGAAGUGUCCUUUGACAGUUCAACCUGUGGAUGUUUUCUUGAAACUUGCUGAAUUUUCUUAAGAUUCUCACUUAAAUGAAAGGUUUUUCACUCUAACUUCUGUUGACUUAAACUUUCAGUUCAUUGUAUUCAGGGUGAAUUUACUCAACAAAAAAAAAAACAAUGAAUAUUACAACAAAAAUGAUUACUUGGAUUUUUAUUUCUGAAGAUGGUGAUAGUGUACAUUUAUCUGCAAAUAAAUCACCUAAAAAGUUAUACUUCAUCUAUGUAUGACUAAAAUGUAAUUGCCAAUGCAUAAUCAUGUUUAAUAUAUACAAAAUAAAUCAAAUUAAUUAAAUUAUUAAAA